AUGGAGAAUCAUGAUACAAAUCAGGUAGAAAAUAAAAAUAUUUCAAAUGAAGAAACACCACAAUCUAUUAAUAAUUUAGUUUCAAUAUCACUUCCACAACCAUCAGUACAACAACCAACAGUUAGUGAUGUUAAAAAACCAAAAUUUGUUCCAUAUCCAGUGAGUGAUCUUAAUAAUAAACUUAAGUCACCCGUUGCCUCUGCUUCAAUUCCACCAGGAACUAAUUUGAAAGCUCUUGCCAAAAGUAGGAGAACAUUUAAAGUAAUAAUUAUUGGUGAUGCUUAUGUCGGUAAAACAUGCCUUUCUUUUCGUUUUUGUAAUGGUCGUUUUCCUGAAUCAACAGAAUCAACUAUUGGGGUAGAUUUUAGGGAACGUCAACUUUUGAUAGAUGAUGAAUUGAUAAAAAUUCAAUUAUGGGAUACAGCUGGACAGGAAAGAUACCGCCAAUCAAUUGUAGCUCAUUAUUAUAGGAAUGUAAAUGCAGUGGUCUUCGUAUAUGAUGUAACAAAUCCACAAAGUUUUAAUUCUCUUCAAUUUUGGAUAGAACAAUGUAAACAAAAUGCUAUAGUAACAGGAAAACAUGUUCCUCAUAUAAUAAUUGGUAAUAAAUGUGAUUUAGAAAGUCAACAUAAAGUUAAUAUAGAGGAUGCUUUGAAAUUUGCUGAUCAAAAUGACAUGGUUCUUUUUGAAACAUCAGCAUUAAUGGAUUCAGAAGCUGAUCAUAUAGAAAGUAUCUUUAUGACAUUAGUUCAUAAAUUAAGGCAAGCAAAACCAAUGCAUGUUCAAAGUGAUGAGGAACGAAAAACAUUUGAAGACAAGAAAAUUCUUCUUAAAAAAGAUACUGAAAUAGAACCUGAAAAUGAAGGUUGGUGUUGUUAA